AUGGCCAAUGUCCUGAACAGCUUCUUCGGCGGAGGAAAGGCCGCCGACAAGGCAGUGCCCGCUGCCGAUUCUGACUUUGCAGACUUCGCCGAGGCGCCCAACCCCGUUCCCACCGAUACCGUGGUGCCCGUGGGCGCCACCGCCGUCGACGGCACGGCCGCCGCCGAGGCGACGAGCGUCCAGUUCACGCGGUGGUACCGGGUCGACCAGCGCCACUCGCUGGCCGAGUUCCGGCUCGAGGGCAUCGUCAUCAGCAUCGGCCUCGUCAUCUUCAUCGUGCACCUCAUCGGCUCGCGGCUCAACCGCAGCAAGUCCAAGGCCUGGGCCAGGCGCACGCGCCGGCGCUCAGAGCGAGUUUGCCUCUGUCGGCUCUCGGGCCAGUCGACGGUCGAGUCGGACCCGCAGCCAUCGAGGGCGUGCUCAAGGAGAAGUCGCUCUUGGAGUGCGCUGUUCAACUUUUUCUGGGACUCGGUUGGCGCCCCGCGCGACAUCAUGGACGCCGUCAUCUACCCCUUUGACGGCAAGGAGACGCUCACGGUGCCGCAGGUGCCGGGCACGCACGAGCUGCGCAGCAAGGACAGCAAGAGCAGCUACGACGGCUUCGUCUGGGCCAUUGUCGCCAAGGGCCGCAUGAAGCAGCUGCGCGAGGAGCGCUACGACCUCUCCAUCACCUUUACCAAGGACCACAGCAAGCUGCCCAACUGGGCGACCGUCAUGACGGAGAGCGCCGAGAUUACCGAGCAGCUCCUGACGCCCGAGAUCAUCCAGGCCGUCGAGCUUGCCGGCGACGCUUUUGACUAUCUCAUUGUGUCGGACCAGCCGAUUGACAAGCCGAGGACUCUCGAGGAGGCGACGACGGGCCGCAAGCGCAUCUUCCUGCGGUACACGAUCCCCAGCAACAAUGACUUCUCGACGGUGACGCCGCUCUUUACGCAGUUCCUCCAGCUGCCCGACAGCCUCGUGGCCAAGGCCAAGUUCCGGCCGGAGAUUCUGCGCAAGGUCAACCGCGUGCGCGAGGAGGCGGUGGCGCAGCUCAAGAAGGAAGCCGACGCCGUCGUGGCCGAGGAGCGCAACGCCGAGCGCGAGCGCGUCAAGAAGGUCAAGCGCGACCAGGAGCUCGCGGGGCUCGACGCCAAGCAGCAGAAGCGGUACCUCGAGAAGGAGCGCGAGAAGGAGACGCGCAAGGCGGCCAAGAAGCAGACGAUGCGCGGGUAG